AUGGAUGCUAACCGCGAGCUCAUCGCCCGAUACGUGGAUCAGUACCACCGCUACCCUCUGUUCUUCUUCGUUCACCACCUGCUCUUUAAUUUGUUCUCUUAUUUAAAGGGCGUUAUCAGGCAUGAAACGCCGAGAACGAUGGACGAGCUUUUUGCAAUUGUGAUAGCAGAAAGUGAAGAGCAGGGAUCCGAGAGCCUCAACCAUGCCACACGUGAAGUUCAACGACAAUUUGCUGAUUUAGUUCCGUUUUUCAACGAGGUUUUUACAAACCUUUUGGAAUUUCGUCCAACUUUCCGUGGAAAGGUAUUGGUCCUCUCCUUAAUGACCCAUCAAGAAGAGGAAUACGUCAACGAAUUUGAAGAGAAUUUCCAAGAUCGACAUGAAUCCUACCGGCUUCGAGUCAGACAAAAAUGGGCCAUAGCUAAGUUGGCCCAAAUUUGGGUUGACCAGUACCGCACUGGAAAAGGGAAACGUCUACACAAAGCCCUGUAUGGUCGCAUUCCAGCUCUCGCCUACGAGAAGACCGAGUGGGGUACAUGGAAAGUCGUGGAUCGAAAAGCUCCAAUGGUCGAGUGCUUGACUCGCCGAAUGGCAAGGCAAGGAGCUGCCAUGGUUCCAGUCCCACAACAAGCUCAAGAAGAGAACAAGCCCAUGGGCGACUUCGUGUUUUUCUUGGAACAAAUGGAAGAGGAAGCUGAACGUCUGAGAGAACAACUUGAACAAUUGAGACUUGCCGACAUUGCUGAGAAUCGACUUCAAAGAGAAACAGAGAAUGUCACUCAAGAAAAUGUGCAUGGACAUCAACAAAAUAAUCCGUCCCAUCGCCAAACAUAUCAAAGGAACAAUCGUGGAAACUACCAGAAUGGAAAUUACAACAACAGAAACAACAAUUGGAACCGCAACCAUCAGUCCAAUUACGGAAAUCGAAUCAAUAACAACCAAAGAUAUCAUAAUGAGAGACAACAGCAACACAGAAACAGAUGGAAUAAUGGAGAAAAUAAUUAUCAAGCAAGAAACAACCACUGGAGCCAUCAAACAGAUCGGGACUGACGCCUUAUCAACGGUCCAGAAAACAGAAUCAAUGGCAACCGACGCAAUGGUGAACGACGGAGAAACCACCAUUGGAGCCAUCAAGCAGAUCGGAACGGACACCUCAGCAAUGGGCCUCAGCAUCAAUGCUCACUUCACAAUGGAAACCAAUACAAUGAACCACAUGUUUAUCAAACUCGAAAUCCCUAUCAGAAUGAUCAAAGGAAUCACUCAAUUUCCACUGACAGUCGAUACCACAGAUCCAAUGAGAACCGCUACAAUGAUGGAGGUCGAAGAUAUCAAGAUGACAGACGUGAUUAUAGACGUGAUGCGGACGGUCGUGGGCCGUCUACAAGUGAGCACCGCUACUGA